CGCACAAUGUUGCGUUUAAUGUCAGCGCCGCCGCUUCUUCUUCUUUUUGUGCUCAGCAUCAUCUUCGCUAGUUGUGAAGUUUGGAGUAUUUGUUGUCUUACGUAACGUGACGCCGACCAGCACUCGGAUUUACCAGCAGGCCCCGCCCCCUCUUACAGGAUGCGCCAUAUAUGGGAAAUGACGUAUGGGGAUCCCGGAGCAGAAUCUUCCAUUCGUCCAAAGCGGGGGGGGACGCGAAUGCUCAAACGUGGACUUUGUGGCGCGACUCCGCGUGCGUUCGCGUUGACUCUGGACUGUCGUGAAUGUUGCGACGCGGUGCGGCCCGAUAGCUUGGCGUUUGCUUCCGGGUUUGUUCCCCUUUGUCCCCUCGGCGUCCCCCCGCCCCCGUCGACGUCAUCGGAGCGGCCCGCUCGCAGGCUAUAAAAUGGCCGCCAGCAGACGCAAGACGUCAGUUCACUCUCAGUCGCCUCUCGAGCCAACAAGACACAGCGGCUUUGGGAACUCGGCUCUUUUUGGGAUUGUUUUGGUGUUGAAAUCCAAACGUCUACCGCAGGGAUUUCCUCAGGGGUUUUUUUUGUCCUCGUAGAAACUGUGAUCUUCCAUCGGUGCUGCGGCGAUGAUGUUCAACGUGUUCGACCCGGAGUGCGACUCGUCGUCCCGGUGCAGCACGGCGUCCCCGGCCGCGGACUACGGCAGCAACCCGGGCUACUACCAACCGUCCCCGGCCGGCUCCUGCUCCAGCGUGGGCUCGCCGCAAUCGCUGGACUUCACCGAGCCGACGGCCUCGAGCGCCGCCUUCGUCCCCACGGUGACGGCCAUCUCGGCCAGCCCCGACCUGCGGUGGAUGGUCCGGCCGCUGGUGCCCUCGGCGGCCCCCUCGCGCCGGGCGCGCCCCUCGGCCUACCCCGAGAAGGUCUCGGCGCCGUCCCGACCUCACGGCGCCGCCAAGAGAGGCAGGACGGAACAGAUUUCAACUGAGGAGGAAGCAAAGAAGAAAAUUCGCAGGGAGAGGAACAAGCAGGCGGCCGCCAAAUGCCGCAACAGGAGGCGAGAGCUGACCGACACGCUCCAAGCUGAAACCGAUCAAUUGGAGGACGAGAAGUCCGGCCUUCAGAACGACAUCGCCGACCUCCUGAAGGAGAAGGAACGUCUGGAGUUCAUCCUGGCGGCCCACCGGCCCAUCUGCAAAGUCCCCGCCGAGCUGGACUCGGACCUCCCGGCGCCUUCCGUCGCCCCGGCCCGCUCCCGCCUCUCCGCCUCCGACUCGCUCUUCUCCGCCGGCGCGGUGAAACUGAGCGACCUGGACACCUCCGUGCUGGAGGAGUCCCUGGACCUGCUGACCGAGACGGAGAUGACGGACAUGACGGAGAUGGAGCGCUCGGUCCCCGAGGUGGACCUGUCCGCCUCGCUGUGCGGCGCUCAGGACUGGGAGCAGCUGUGCCCGUCGGUGACCAGCGGCGACUUCGAGCCGCCGCUGCGCACGCCCAACGUGGCGUGCACGCCUGCGGGCGCCGCCUUCGCGUCCUCCUUCGUGUUCACCUUCCCGGAGGCCGACGCCUUCCCCGGCUGCGGCGCGGCACGGAGGCGAGGGAUCGGCGGCGACGAGCGGCCGUCCGACUCUCUCGACUCGCCCACGCUGCUGGCCCUUUAAGACGCUUUCAAAGACCCGACUUGGCGUGGGAGAGGUGCAGAUCACGGGGCUAUGGAUGCCCAUUGAUGAAUUGAGCUGCCUUUUACCUUGUAGCAUGUUUCAACCAAUGCCACCGAGUAAUCUGACUUUUAUUUUUUUUUAAAGGUGCUACAUGAUAUCGAGUCAACGUAGACUUUCUGUACAUUUUUAGGAGCGAUAGUUUUCCGGUUGUGUGAAUGUGGACAAAAAAAACUGACAUUGGUCUGUCCUUGACUUUAUAAUAUGUAUGUAAGUUUUCUGUGAAAACAACACGUCUUUUUUUAAUUCUUAUUAAUUUAUGAGAUUUGACUUUAUUUUUUAUUACGACGGAAGCAAACAAAACAAGUGAAUGUGAAAUGUAUAUGUAUUGAUGGAAAUAAAAUGUUAGCGAUAUUUAAAUGGA